CUUCGGAUGUGGAGACAGUUUCGUCCGCCCAGUACUUCACCGUUCGCAGCUCCGAUACUGUUCACCCCGAAGAAAGAUGGCGGUCUACGAAUGUGCAUUGACUACCGCGCCUUGAACCGGGUUACCAUCAAGUCUCGCUAUCCUAUUCCGCGUGCCGACGAACUCAUCGACCAACUUCGUGGGGCAAAGUUCUUUUCGAAAAUUGACCUGCGAGGCGGUUACCACCAGAUCCGUGUCAACGACGCUGACUGCUACAAGAACGGCGUUCCGAACCCGAUACGGGAGUUACGAGUACACGGUCAUGCCUUUUGGCUUAACCAACGCGCCUUCAACAUUCCAGUUAACCAUGAACGAAGUUUUUCGGCCGCUGCUGGAUAAAUGCGUCAUUGUGUACCUCG